GAAACAUUUGUACAACACUAACUGCUGCUCUGUGAAAAGUAAAAUAAUUAGCUCAUUUUUCCUUACGCCCGCUGGCAAGAACCGAAAAAGUUAAUACAGUGAAAAUGUUUCUAGACGCACAUGGAACUCCCAAAGAGGUGACGCCUCAAAAUAUACACGAGUACAACUACCAUUUGCAUGGAGCAAUGCUUUUGACUUCAGCUGAUCAAGAGGUAUUCAUACCCACCCGUUGGCACGGCACCAUUUACAGCACCGAAGAGCUCUUGGACAACUAUCGCAAGCGCUUCAAGCCAGAUGCAACUCUGCUGACGUUUCAUGCCAUGGAGCCGUACGAGCCGGAAUUGAUUUGUUGCGAGCGCUGUGUGGUUGAAAUAACGGUACUGCCAGCCGGCCACUCUUUGACUAGCGGCUCCAACGUUGUUGUUUUUCUGGUGAAGAUAUACGAAGUGAAUACGCUGGUUACCAAAGAACUAGGCUCCGAGCUGAACUUCUUUCCCAACAAUCAUCACUACCACGUGCGCAUCAUGAACGAGGGCAUUGAUAUACUCUAUGUGGAUGAUCGCAACUACACCCCUGAGGCGCCAGUGGCCAUCAGCUAUCAUCACCAAUGCAUUCAGAAUCUGCUAAAGAAGCUUCAACCCUUGGGCGUUAAAGGACUUCUCGGCAAACAGCUGCCGGAUCAGCUGAACAACAUGUGCCGCAAGGUGGAGAACGCUAAACCCGAAAACUAAUGCCAUGCCAGAAGACCUCUCCCAAGUUAUUGCUGUUUGGUGAUUUGGCUUUUUAUUUUCAUUUUUUUGGGUGUCUAGUCUAAUCUGAUUCAGACACAUUAGUCGCAGUUGAGUAAGCGACCUGUCAAGGCUCACGCUUUCGCUCACACAUUUACUCACUACCUGUGUUCCUGUUAAUCGAAUUUAAAUUUGAGGCGGUCUUUAAAAUGUACAACUUUCAAAAUUCAAGACGCUAUAGCAAGGCAUGAAGAAUAAAAAAAAUUUA